AUGCUGCUCGCCCUCGCGCCGCUGUCCUCUAGCGACGGCAGCCACGCACCCGCGAGGCAUCUCGAGUUUGGCGGUCUCCAGGUCCUGCAGCAGCGGCACGCGCGACAGCUCGAGGCGGAGGGCGCCGACGGAUGUGUCGACGCCAGCGAGCUCUGCGCUGGGUGGGCGGCUGCUGGCGAGUGCGAAGCGAAUCCGGACUUCAUGCGGCACGACUGCGCCGCCUCCUGUCACGCGUGCGGCGCCUCGGCGCACGCGCCGGCCACGCCCGUGCGGCAGGGCUGCAGCGACGACCCGGCGGAGGGCUGCCGGUCGCGAGAGGCGGCGGGCGAGUGCGUGAGCAACAAGACCGCGAUGCUAAUCGCCUGCCCGACGGCGUGCGGCCUCUGUCGGAUGGGCUCAUCCCUCUGGACCUCGAUGCAGGCCGCCUUUGACUGCGGCGACAAGGACCCGCUCUGCAGCAGGUGGGCCGAGGCGGGCGAGUGCACAAAAAACCCGCAGUUCAUGAGCGACUCGUGUGCAACCUCGUGCCGCACGUGCGCCCAGAAGCGGACCGCCUGCGACGUCCCCCCCGACACGCCGCCCCUCGUCGGCCCCGGCGGCAUCUCUCAGACCAUGGAGCGCAUCCUCGCCGAGUUUCCGCAGUACAAGCCGCGCGCACUGUCACGGCCGGGCGCCGGUCCCAAGGGAGCCGACUCCCCGUGGGUCAUCGCGCUCGAGGGCUUCGCAGAAGCCUUCAUCAGCGGCUGCGCGGCGCACUUUGACCGCUCGCUCGCGGGCGACCAGCUCUCGCCCGUGCGAACCUCCACCCAGUGCUGGUGCUCGAACAACGAGUGCUCCGCCGACCCGCGCACCGCCGCGGUCGAGCGACGCAUCUCCAACCUGACGCGCGCCCCGGUGCGGUACAUGGAGCCGUUCCAGAUCCUGAAGUACGAGCCGGGCCAAUUCUACAAGGUGCAUCACGACCAAAACUCGGGACUCUUCACGCCGCAAGGCCCGCGCGUCUACACCUUCUUCAUGUACCUGUCAACGCCGGCCGAGGGCGGCGGCACGCGCUUUGCCGACCUCGACGUCGUCAUGCCCGCCGUCAAGGGCAAUGCGGUCAUCUGGCCGUCCAUCAUGGACGCGAGCCCGAGCAGGGACGAGCCCUACACCAACCACGAGGCGCAGCCGACGACGGUGGGCCGAAAGUACGCGAGCAACGUGUGGGUGCACCAGUUCGACUACCGAACGCCCGCCGACAAGGGGUGCCUGCUGACGCACAAGAAUACUCAUUGA